AUGGAGGAUCCUAACCACAGCAUCGCCGACGUCGGUGGAUCUCCUCCUUCUGGUGAACGGGGGAGGCGUAGGCAGAGGAAGAGCGAUGGGGAGGACGAUUAUGACACCGCCGUGCCCGGGGACCUCACCACGCGGGCGAAGAGGCGGCAGACGACAGGCAGUGCUGACGACGCCGGAGGCGCGGAAGUUGGGACAACGCAAGGCGCCAAGGAAGCUAGUGGCAAGGCGGGCGGUCAAGCAUUGCGCCAGAAGGGCCGACCCGCAGCAAGAAAAACAUCCGGCGGAAGGAGAGGCAAGAAAGCAGCGACGGGGACGAGGCCGAAACAGGGCGAUGAAGACCCUGGUGAUGCGGAGGAGGAGGAGGAUGAGGAGGAGGAUGCGGAGGAAGAGGAGGAUGAAGAGGAUGCGGAGGAGGAUGACGCGGAUGUUGGGGAGGAUGAAAAAUAUGAGAAUGAUGGCGGGGAGGACGAAGAGGAGGAGGAGGAGGAGGAGGAGGACGAGGAGGAUGAGGAGGAGGAGGAGGAGGAGGAGGAGGAGGAGGAGGAGGAGGAGGAGGAGGAGGAGAAGGAGGAGGAGGAGGAGGAGGAGGAGGCAGAGGAGGAGGAGGAGGAGGAGGAGGAGGAGGAGGAGCAGGGUGACGACGAGGAGGAGGAUGAGGAGGAUGAGGAGGAGGAGGAGGAGGAGGAGGAGGAGGAGGAGGAGGAGGAGGAGGAGGAGGAGGAGGAGGAGGAGGAGGAGGAGGCAGAGGAGGAGGAGGAGGAGGAGGAGGAGGAGGAGGAGGAGGAGGAGGUAGAGGAGGAGGAGGAGGAGGAGGAGGAGGAGGAGGAGGAGGAGGAGGAUGUGGCGUCAGUGAAGGGACGGGGCGGGCGUGGCAGACGGGUGAGUGGUACAGGGAAGGUGGGGGGCCGGACUCGCCAUUCCCGAAAAUGCGGGGCAGUUGACGCCGCGCGCGGCGAAGCAGCGGGCAAACCGAAGGCGCGUAAGGUGAAGGUCGAAAGUGAAGGGGGUGGUAAAAAGCAAGGGAGCCAGGGAGCAAAAGGGGAUGGAGGAGGAAAGGGUGGCCGCGCCAAAGGGGUUCCAGUGGGUACCGGCAAGAAAGAACCUGCCGGUAAACGUCGCAGCGUUCGCCAAAGCACCCCGCGGAAAGGUGGCAACGAGAAGGCGCAGGCUGCAAAAAAACGGAAGGGACAGCAGAAAGGCAUUGGGCCACCGGUAAGCGUGCAACGGAUGCAGCUAACGAAGGCUGCCGGAAGAGCGAGUGUUACACUGCUAUCCACAGGAGCACCAAGGUUCUACACGCCAUACUCCGGCCCAAGCAAAGUCGCUGCGACAGCACCCGGCGCGCCAAGAGGAGAGGAAUCCGAAUCCCCUCCACCAGCCCCCGUCACGCACUCCCCACUCGCCUCACCCUCGUACCCAUUUCGGCAACUCCACGCUUCUCCUGUCCGGGGCAGGGCGGUCUCCCCCCUCGCCGGUCCUUCGCGCGGGCAUCAGGCAGGCACUUAUGCCAAUCCCUUCCCUGAGCUCCCCUUUUCCCGCCAGCGUGAUACUGUGAGGGCACAUGGGACUGCUGCAGAAGACGUUGAUCCCCUUGGCCAGAGGGGGGAUUCUUCACACCCUUUUCCUCCGCUCAUGGGUGCCCUAGGUGAAAGUGCGGAGCACGAGCAGUUUGUUACACGGGAGGAGUUCCAGGCGCUGCGGUCUGAGAUGUACGCCAUGUUUGCACAGCUCGGCCUGCGUCGUGGAGUACCUGCCAGCUAUGUCGGCAGGUCGGCAGCCCUGCCUAUGGCUGGUACCCGGCUGCCGAUGAGUGCCGUGGACAAGGCACGAGUGCUAGUGUUGCAGGAGACAAACCCAUUCCCGGUAUGUGGCGGGCCAAAUGGGGCGGGUUGGGGUUGA